AUGUCGAAAGUCGAGGAACAUGCCGUUGAGGCGGUCUCUGAGCAUGUUACCAGUCUCCCUGAAAAGCCCGCAGUGGGCGAGGAUGUCCAAGCCAAGGAGGUCCACAGCGCCGAGUUAUUCGCUGCUAUCAAAGAAACUCCCCUUCCGCGAUGGAGUAAAGCUUCUAUCCGGCUCUACUGCUUCAUUGCAGUCUGUUUCUGUUGUUCUUGCGCAAAUGGCUACGAUGGCUCGCUCAUGAGCUCCAUCGUAGCCAUGCCUGCAUUCAAAAACAAGUUUGACUCCGGGCUCACCGGUCAGAGAGUCUCGCUCCUCAAUGCAUUGUACAGCAUUGGUUCCAUCGCAGCUUUUCCCUUCGCUCCGUUUGUCAGUGACAGAUUCGGCCGUCGCGUAGGCAUGUUCUGCGGCGGUGUCAUCAUCAUCGUCGGUGCUAUCCUCACUUCAACUGCCAACACCGUGGGCCAAUUCAUCACCGGCCGUUUUGUCCUAGGCGCCGGAAUCAUGUUCAUGACUGUUGCAGCUCCAGCCUACGCCGUCGAGAUUGCUCCACCACAUUGGCGUGGCCGUGCGGUGGGCUUCUAUAACUGUGGUUGGUUCGGAGGUUCCAUUCCUGCGGCUUUCGUUACCUACGGCUGUCAAUAUAUCAACAGUGAUUACUCUUGGAGAGUCCCCUUGAUCCUACAGUGUACCACCUGCCUCAUUGUCAUUGUCUCCGUCUUCUUCAUGCCGGAGUCACCUCGCCAUCUGAUGGCCAAGGACGAGAACGAGAAAGCCAUAGAGAUCUUGGCUACAUACCACGGUAAUGGUGACCGUCAUGCUCCUCUAGUAAUGCUAGAGGUGGAAGAAAUCAAGGAAAACCUUCGCCAGGACGCCUUGUAUAACAAAGCCAUUUGGGACUGGCGCCCACUGUUCUCCACCCAUAACAGCCGAUGGCGCAUUGCGCAAACUGUCAUGAUGGGUGUCUUUGGCCAAUUUUCAGGAAAUGGUCUCGGCUACUAUAACACAUCCAUCUACGAUCUCUUAGGCUACACCUCUAGUUUCCAGCAACUAGGCUUCACGGUGGUGAACCAAGUCGUCUCCGCCACCGGUGCUCUGACUGCCAUGUCCCUCACUGAUCGCAUGCCGCGUCGAAAGGUGCUUGUUUACGGUACCUUUGUUACUGCUUGCAUGCUGAUGAUCAACGCCGCUCUGCAAAACGCUCUCGCUAAGGCGACCGUAGGCACUGUUAUUACCAAUACUUCGCUUGCACAGGGCGCUCUCGCUUUCUUCUUCCUCUUCAAUAUGGCUUACUCUUUCGCAUAUACCCCGCUACAAGGUGUCAUUCCAGCCGAAGCUCUCGACACUCGUCUCCGUGCCAGAGGUUUGGCUAUGUACGGCUUGGUGGUCAACGUCUUUGGUUUCAUCAACUUGUACGCCUCACCGAUUGCUCUCGGCAAUAUUAAGUACAACUAUGUCUGGGUCUUUGUGGGCUGGGACUUUGUCGAAACUGCCUUGUGGUAUUUCUUCUGUGUUGAAUCCCAGGGCCGUUCCCUGGAAGAACUCGAGUGGGUUUACAACCAACCUAAUCCGGUCAAGGCCUCUCUUAAAGUCGACAAGGUUCUGGUCCGAAGCAACGGUGUCGUUACUGAGAAGGUGGUUGACGCUUAAAGGCAGUCAAUUUAUCUCCUAUGUUUAUCACCAAUCUCGCAUUUAAGACCAACACCCCUUUUUCUUCUAGGUGAAGGGAGGCCUUUGUUAUUAUGUCUUCAUAUCGAGUCUACUUGUUUGCUAGGACGUGAUUCUGGACAUUGGUUUGCUAGUAUUGACCGGGCAUUUCUAGUUAAUUUUAUGUGAGAGCUGAUGAGCUAAGCAAGUAUGCAUAUAUACCGAGGAAGUGGACAUAAUAAUACUUUUUUCUUUGC